AUGACUACUUAUCAACGCCGCGAUGACCACAAACCACGAACUGCCUACGAAGAUGAAGAUCAUUACGUCUUGACCUUGAAAACGGACCCUGAGUUGCAAACCGCCAUGUCUGCCCUGAGGACCAAAUACUUCCCGCCUAAACUCCUCAAGGUCAAUGCACACGUAUCACUAUUCCACGCACUGCCUGGAUCUAUGCUACCCAAGAUGAAGUCAGAUAUCUCAUCUCUGGCUUCGAGAACUACACUAUUCCAUAUAAAAGCCGGCAAGCCGUUCCGGAUGGCUCGCGGCGUGGGAAUAUCUGUGGACGGUCUAGAGCCAGCAGCGCAUAUACACAAAGACUUGCAGGAGCUGUGGCGCGAAACAUUGAGUAUACAAGAUAGAGGGAAGUUUAGGGGUCAUUAUACAAUUAUGAACAAGGUCACUGAGGCGGAGGAGGUGGAUGCGUGUCUAGCCGAGGUGAAGAAUAAUUUUCAUGGCUGCUCAGGAACGGUGACAGGUUUGAGUCUUUGGAAGUAUGAUCGCGGGUGGUGGGUGUCGAAGGAGGAUUUUGGCUUUGGAAUCCAGCACGGCGGCCAAGCCGAUAGAUGA